CAGAAAAAAGCCAACUCUUUCGCUGCACGCACACGCACUGAUCAUGACCCAGUGCUCGUGGCUCUGCGCUUGUCGCCAUGUCCAAGGCUAGAAUUGCCGAAUUGUCGCUGCUUGAUGGAGUUUAGACCGCGUGUGCUUGUGGAAAAUCCCUUCACCAGACCACCUCGAUUUCUGAUUCGUCUGACAAUUUUUCCUUCCCACAUGAUGCCCACUCACUCCCUUCUCCGCAAAUAGCCAAGUUUUCGUACGGGUGAGCCUUUUCGCCAUCUCGCUUCUUUGCAGUCUAGCUGGGCGGGAUUGGUGAGCCAUAUAUUAACUAGAUCAAGAGACGGUUUCCGCGGCUCGAGAUCCAAAUCCACUUUUCGGGCCCUUUCCUAUGGCUUCGCAACCUCACCUGCUCAUCCGCUGUCGCUGCUACUCUUUGAACUCUACCGUGGACUGAAGCGCUUGCCCCUCCCCGAAGUCGCCGGGCUCAAACUUCCCGUUUAUGAUUUAUCAUAGUUCCUGACCUCUACCAAAAUCAUGUCGUCGGUGAAGCUGCUGGCUCGGCUGCUGCCGACGCCACCAGCAGUAUCAAGAGCGCGGAAUUCGUACCGUUGGCGACACGCGAGCACGUUCACGCGAGCGGCCAACUCAACCUCGUUUUGGACGUCCGGGCGUGUCUUGCUCCUGACGGCCUUCACAGCCUCGUUGACCUACGUUUAUGGCGUGCACGACGCUGGCUCUCUCGGUCCCGUUUCCGCAGCGCUGCGUUCGAAGGCCCCAAAGUAUGGCACGAAGAAAGACAUGGAGGCAGCAAUCGCCGAGCUGAGGAAUGAACUCGGUGACGAUGCCGUGUCAACAGACGACGAGGAUCUGCGCAUGCACGGCUACUCAGAAUGGUCGUCCAUCAACAUCGAUCAAUUACCUGUCGCGGUGGCGUAUCCAAAGAGCACUGAAGAAGUCUCCAAGAUCGCCAAAGUGUGUUUCAAGUACAAGAUGCCCAUGAUUCCAUAUUCAGGAGGUUCGAGCCUCGAGGCCAACUUUUCCGCGCCGUACGGUGGGAUGAGCAUCGACUUCAGUCACAUGGACAAGAUAAUCGCUCUGCACGAGGACGAUAUGGAUGUUGUCGUCCAGCCUUCGGUGCCGUGGAUGAGCCUGAAUGAUCAAAUCAAACACUCCGGCCUGUUCUUCCCAGUUGACCCGGGUCCGUCCGCCAGGAUCGGAGGCAUGGUGGGAACGAGCUGCAGUGGCACCAACGCCGUGCGCUACGGUACCAUGAAAGAUUGGGUCAUCAAUCUCACUGUAGUACUUGCUGACGGCACUAUUGUCAAGACCCGAAGACGACCAAGAAAGACGUCUGCGGGAUACAACUUGACAAACUUGUUCGUAGGAUCCGAAGGCACGCUAGGCUUGGUCACGGAGAUCACGCUGAAGCUUACAGUUAUCCCGCAAGAAACGAGCGUUGCAGUAGUCACGUUCCCAACGAUUCGUGAUGCUGCAGCUGCCGCAUCCAAAAUCAUGCGCGCUGGAGUGCCAGUGGCGGCAAUGGAAAUUAUGGACGAAGUGCAAAUGAGCGUCAUCAACAGGACGCAAGCUACAAAAAAGACGUGGAAGGAGGUUCCAACCAUGUUCUUCAAAUUUUCUGGAACGAGAGCGGGAGUCAAAGAAAGCAUUUCACUAGUGAAGAACAUAGCGAAACAACAUCACGCAGGCAAUUUUGAAUUUGCUAGAAGCCCUGAAGACCAGCACACCUUAUGGUCCGCUCGAAAAGAAGCAUUGUGGAGUAUGCUUGCACUGCGAAAGGAAGGGGAGGACGUCUGGUCGACGGAUGUUGCCGUGCCACUAUCUCGCCUUCCAGAUAUAAUAGAAAUCUCAAAGAAAGAAAUGGACGAUCUGGGAAUGUUUGCUAGCGUCCUUGGCCAUAUUGGUGACGGCAACUUCCAUGAAAGUAUUCUUUACGAUCCCAAAAACCCGAAGCAGCGAGCCGCAGUUGAAAAGGUCGUUCACGACAUGGUCGACCGUGCACUGGAGAUGGAGGGUACGUGUACGGGUGAACACGGCGUUGGGCUUGGGAAGAAGCAGUCACUUAUGAAGGAGCUGGGCCCUGAAACGAUUGGCGUCAUGCAGAGUAUUAAGCAGUCGCUUGACCCGUACUGGCUGAUGAAUCCUGGGAAAAUAUUCUCUCAUCCAUCAUCACGUGAAAAGUUCGGGCACUAGCACGUGCUCGCUAUGGGAGGCUUUUAUAUCCGCGGAAAGGUUAAAAAAAAUUCCUGGCGAGAUUUCGCGUUGACAUCGGUUGGAGGACAUUUUGCAUUCAUUUUGCACUGCAUCAGUCUGAAGCGCAUCUGGGCGGCAUCCUCUGGGUGCUUCAACGCACGUAUUCCGACACAGCGAUGUAUUUGAAGCGUUCACCAAGCUUUUAGAAAAGCUGUCCUUUGCUUGGACAUUUUUAUUAAGAUGCAGUGUGAAAGGUCUCCGCAGCCACGACUGUCUACCAAGUCUAGAAUUGUGUUAAUCCGAUAAUGGCCUUGUAACCAAACGUAUGGACAACAUUAUACUACCUCUUUCGGAUUUUUUUACAGCCCUACGCUCGGGGAUUCUGCAUUGGUCAAGUGAUUCCUGCUUGUAAAAGCCGCAUCUUGUGCCGAUGUGCAAAGUCAGAGCAAUUCCCCGGAUGACAAAAAGUGCUGUCGCUUGGAUUUGAACCACGAAAACGUCGGGUCAAAAAAGUUAU